UUUUAAUGGAAAAUGGCUGCGUUUCUUAUCCAAACCUCUGGAGCUGGGCAAUAAAACCCUCGUCUGCGCUGAAGCAUCUCGCGUCUCGUUCACGUCCACACCGAAAACAAUCAGAUGUUGUGAUUAUAUGGCAGCUAUCCGACGUCCUGUGGUGCGAAAACAUUUGGGGAAAAUGGAUCGACUCACGCUUUGAGGGAUGAAAGAUCAUUUUUCUCCUUAACCCUUUCUGCACCGAGAUCUGCGAACAAUCGAGCAGAAGAUGAUGCGCCAGGUGACAACCAGUGACUUCUGCAUGAAUAGCAGGCCGUCAUGCCUAGCAGAGGACAGCCACCACCCUGCCUCCCACUUUGACCUGUGCACCCAGGCCAACAAGUUCUACCCUCCUCCUCCUCCAUCGGCUCUACAGAUGACGCUGGCUCCCAUGGCCUUACCUGCCCAGAGCCACAAGCCCAUGGUGUGCCAGAGACAGGAAGUGCUCGGGGGCUCGCCCACAAAAAUACCCGGCAUUAAAAGCACUGAUCAAGCGCCGGAAGAUGGUAAGAAGAAGAGUAAGGCUGCCGGGAAGACAGGGAGACGCGGGAGGCCUUUGGGAACCACCAAGCUAGCCGGAUACAGAACCAGCACAGGGAGACCCCUCGGCACCACCAGAGCUGCUGGGUUCAAGACGAGCCCGGGAAGGCCGCUGGGUACAACCAGAGCGGCGGGGUACAAGGUCAGCCCCGGACGGCCUCCUGGCAGCAUCAAGGGCCUCUCUCGCCUCAAUAAACUGGCUUAUGGUAGCACCUGCAGCGGAGCGGCUUUCCCCUAUCCGCUACCACACAAGGAAAUCCUCUGUGAACCUUCCUGCAAAGAGAAGACGGCUAAUGAGUAAAAGGCUCUACUCUGUUUCCACUCAUCCUCCAUCAGUUGAAUAAGAGACGCAUGUGUACAGGUUUCCUGCCAGAUACUGGGGGUGAUUGUAAUCUCUCCCAGUCUGCUGUGAGGCUGAGAGGAGGAGAUUUUCUAUUAUUCGUGUUGGUGUCAUCUGUGUGCCUGCCACCUGAUAUAAUACUGUUAGUUUUUCAGUGCUACUGCUGGAGAUCUAUAGUGUGUGGAAGAUUUCACUCCACACUGCUCUGUCUGUUUUGUUGGGGAAAAAAUAAUAUCAGAUGUUCAUUGAGAAAGGGGCUUUUAUCUUUUUAUCAACUGUAAUGUUAGGUCAAGUUAAAUUUUUAGUGUGCUUUAUGUAGCAUUUUAACGCCACUGAAGGAUCGAAGCAUUAAUUUUAAAAUGUUUUAUUACUGUAAACAAAGGAGACCAUCAUGAGAAGACUGAUACAAUCGUGUGAAAUUUGUCGUGCUGCUUUACAGCACAAACAACGACUUUUUUACUUUGUAUGUUCAUCAUACAGUUUAAUUACACAUUAGCUAAUGUUGCUGGAUACUUGCUCUUAUUAUUGUUAUUUACACAAACCCAUGCAAAGAAAGGAAGGAGAAAAGAGAGGGACAACAUUGUCUUUGCAACAUGAAAGUUUGUUGGAAAUAUGGUCUUUAAUUUAAAAAACCAAAAUGCUAUAUGUAGCACCUUUCCUGUGUCACAUUUGUAAAAUAGGACGCAUCUCACUCCGGAUUCAAACAGAUGGGGGUCAAGUGCCUUGCUCAGCGGCACUUCAAAGACAGAUGUACAGAUAAUCCUCCAGGCUACCAGCACCCCGAAACUGAAAUCCAAAUAAUCCGACUUUCUCCACUCAGCUCCAGAAUUAACACUAAAAAACUCCCGCUAAUGAUGUCGUACUGUUCACUCUCUUAAUGUCACCUCGGGAAAUGUCUACAUAUUAUCUGCAUGCAAGUGUCAUCAGAGCAACUGAGUCGACUUACAGAUUGUUGUGAGAAAUAACAGUUAACCAAGUUUUUUUUUGUUAACAAAAAAUGUAGAACAAAAAAUUGACAGCACCUCAGUUCACCUUCUGCUUUUCUUGUAACCUGCUAAUAAUGAACCAAUGUGGACUGCGGCUGAUCACCUCAGAAAAGUUGUCUGUGGGUAGACGUUUUGAUGAACGUUGUUUGUAUGUUCUGCUCGGUACUGCAGUAAAAAUUGAAGUAGUUCAUCUUGUCAACUAGACAGUUCAAACUCCUGUUCACUGGUAUACUCACUGCAGAAACUGGAUACUUGUGUGCUUCCUCCUGUUAGCAAUGGUUUCUCUAUACUGUUUUUUGUCAGUGAGGGUUGGGUGUCAUUUAAGAUGUUUCAAUACCAGUAGGCUAUAAUGAGCUCUGUGUCAGAUAUCAAAAUUGUACAGUUAUAACUUACUUUGUUUUUCUACAAAACCCCAUUUAUUUCUCUUUUACAAAAUACCCAAAUUUCUCAAAAGCAUUAAUGUUCAAUUUUGUCUCGACACAAAGCAGCUUAUGAAUUUUGCCGACUUAAAAUGAGCAAAAUUCUGAAUUAAAUCAGGAAAUAUCUGAUCAAAGUAAACAAAACUCUGACUGAGCAUUCACUUCUUUGACACCUUACAGUUUUUGACUCCCAUUGCUGUAAACACAUUUUGUUUUGAUCUCCAAAACACUUGCAUUGUGACACCCAGCUCCAUCUCUUACCAUUAUUUCUCAAAGGUUUAGUUAGAAAUCAUCAAAUCUGACCAUAAUGGACUGCUUCAAUAUACAACUAAACGGUAAAGAGAAUUUGCUUUCUUUAAAGAGUUAACAGAUAGGAUUCGUUUUUUUUUUUGUUUUUUUUUU